UCUUCACCAGCAGCGGCGGUGAGCGCACCAGGCACCGACAGCCGGCCACACUUACGACAGUACGCGGUUCGGCACGCGCCAGAGAUGGACCUUCCGCCCGCCUACGGGGACACCAGCGUUCAGCUGGCGAUGGGCGAGGAUAAGCCCAUAGUGGACGAUGACCCGUGGGCUCUGCCGGAGCUUCAGCCCACAGGAAAGCCCUGGGCCGAUAUGACGACUGGUGAGAGGGUGCAGCGUGUGGUCAUCAACAUCGUCAAGAUCAUAACGCUGCUGAGCCUGCUGUAUCUCUUCAUCUGUUCGCUGGACUUCCUCUCUCAGGCCUUCAGACUGGUCGGAGGACGCACUGCCAGUCAGGUGUUCUCCUCGAGCGAGCUGCUGACAAACCCCGUGGUGGGUCUCAUGAUGGGCUGCUUGGUGACGGUGCUGGUACAGAGCAGCAGCACAUCCACCUCCAUUAUCGUCUCCAUGGUCGCCUCAGGACUGUUGGAGGUGCGCACGUGCAUCCCGAUGAUAAUGGGCGCCAACAUCGGCACCAGUGUCACCAACACCAUCGUCUCUAUGACCCAGGUCGCAGACCGUAACGAGUUUCGCCGGGCCUUCGGCGGUGCCACCGUUCACGACAUGUUCAACUGGCUGGCCGUUCUUGUCCUUCUGCCGCUGGAGGUCAUCACCGAGGCCAUCAACCCGUCAGGUCAAGGUUACCUGGAGUUGACGACUGACGCCAUCUUGAAUUCCAUCAACCUGGACACGGCCCAGGGCCAGGAGUUGGAGCUGCUAAAUGUCAUCACCAAGCCGUUCACGUCGCUUGUCAUUGUGACGGAUAAGGAUGUGCUCACCGGAUGGGCGCUAAACGACUCGCGCUACAAUAACGCCUCGCUGGUCAAACACUACUGCGUGUUCAAUGUCACCGAGACGGCAGAGAUUCCACUCGAGAGGUGUCACUCGCUGUUCAGUCUGACAGACCUGUCGGACCUGUACGUCGGUCUCAUCCUGCUAGUGGUCUCGCUCUUCCUGCUCUGCGGCUGUCUUGUGCUCAUGGUGAAGAUCCUGCACACCUUGCUCAAGGGCAGCAUCGCUGUGGUGAUCCGCAAGACGCUCAACGCCAACAUCCCGUACAUGCCGUGGCUGACCGGCUACCUGGCCAUCCUGGUGGGCUGCGGCAUGACCAUCCUGGUGCAGUCCUCCUCCGUCUUCACCUCGGCCAUGACGCCGCUGGUCGGCGUGGGCGUCAUCUCCUUGGACAGGAUGUACCCGUUGACGCUCGGCUCCAACAUUGGCACGACGACUACUGCUCUUCUGGCGGCGCUGACAGCAACGGGGGACACACUCCGACCCAGCAUUCAGAUCGCGCUGGUGCACUUUGUCUUCAACAUCUCGGCCAUCGUGAUCUUUUACGUGGUGCCGUUAAUGCGUUGGCCGAUCCCGCUGGCGCGCGGCCUGGGUAAUAUAACGGCCGACUACCGCUGGUUCGCCGUCGCCUACCUGCUGGGCAUGUUCCUGCUGCUGCCGCUGGUCGUGUUCGGUCUCUCGCUGGCUGGCGCCGUGGUGCUGUACGUGGUGCUGGCGCUGGUGGCAGUGCUGGCGCUGGCCGUCGGCCUGCUGAACCUGCUGCAGCAGCGCGCGCCUCGCCUGCUGCCGGACGCGCUGCGCACCUGGGAGUUCCUGCCGGAGCCUCUGCGCAGUCUGGCGCCGUACGACCGGCUGGUGUCGGCGCUGACGGCCCGCUGUCGCUGCUGCCGUUCCGCCCAGGCCGACGACUCGGCGCCAGAGAAGUCGGCCGACGCGACGCUGCAGUUCAACGGCAAGCCGACGGGCAACGGGUUCGACAACCCGGCCCUGGAAAUGGACGUCCGGCCAGUCAGCUACAGCUCCCGCAGCGUCGACUAUUACGCGCAGCCUUCGUGGAAGGACACCAGCGUUCAUCUGACGAUGGGCGAAGAUAAGCCCAUAGUAGACGAUGACCCGUGGGCUCUGCCAGAGCUUCAGCCCACCGGAAAGCCCUGGGCUGAAAUGACGACCAAGGAGAGGGUGCAGCGCGUGGUCAUCAACAUCGUCAAGAUCAUAACGCUGCUGGGCCUGCUGUAUCUCUUCAUCUGUUCGCUGGACUUCCUCUCUCAGGCCUUCAGGCUGAUCGGAGGACGUAGCGCCAGUCAGGUGUUCUCCUCGAGCGAGCUGCUGACAAACCCCGUGGUGGGUCUCAUGAUGGGCUGCUUGGUGACGGUGCUGGUACAGAGCAGCAGCACAUCCACCUCCAUUAUCGUCUCCAUGGUCGCCUCAGGACUGUUGGAGGUGCGCACGUGCAUCCCGAUGAUAAUGGGCGCCAACAUCGGCACCAGUGUUACCAACACCAUCGUCUCUAUGACUCAGGUCGCAGACCGUAACGAGUUUCGCCGGGCCUUCGGCGGUGCCACCGUUCACGACAUGUUCAACUGGCUGGCCGUCCUCGUCCUUCUGCCGCUGGAGGUCAUCACCGAGGCCAUCAACCCGUCAGGUCAAGGUUACUUGGAGUUGACGACUGACGCCAUCUUGAAUUCCAUCAACCUGGACACGGCCCAGGGCCAGGAGUUGGAGUUGCUGAAUGUCAUCACCAAGCCGUUCACGUCGCUUGUCAUUAUGACGGAUAAGGAUGUGCUCACCGGAUGGGCGCUAAACGACUCGCGCUACAAUAACGCCUCGCUGGUCAAACACUACUGCGUGUUCAAUGUCACUGAGACGGCCGAGAUGCCACUCGAGAGGUGUCACUCGCUGUUCAGUCUGACAGACCUGUCGGACCUGUACGUCGGCCUCAUCCUGCUAGUGGUCUCGCUCUUCCUGCUCUGCGGCUGUCUUGUGCUCAUGGUGAAGAUCCUGCAUACCUUGCUCAAGGGCAGCAUCGCUGUGGUGAUCCGCAAGACGCUCAACGCCAACAUCCCGUACAUGCCGUGGCUGACCGGCUACCUGGCCAUCCUGGUGGGCUGCGGCAUGACCAUCCUGGUGCAGUCCUCCUCCGUCUUCACCUCGGCCAUGACGCCGCUGGUCGGCGUGGGCGUCAUCUCCUUGGACAGGAUGUACCCGUUGACGCUCGGCUCCAACAUUGGCACGACGACUACUGCUCUUCUGGCGGCGCUGACAGCAACGGGGGACACACUCCGACCCAGCAUUCAGAUCGCGCUGGUGCACUUUGUCUUCAACAUCUCGGCCAUCGUGAUCUUUUACGUGGUGCCGUUAAUGCGCUGGCCGAUCCCGCUGGCGCGCGGCCUGGGUAACAUAACGGCCGACUACCGCUGGUUCGCCGUCGCCUACCUGCUGGGCAUGUUCCUGCUGCUGCCGCUGGUCGUGUUCGGUCUCUCGCUGGCUGGCGCCGUGGUGCUGUACGUGGUGCUGGCGCUGGUGGCAGUGCUGGCGCUGGCCGUCGGCCUGCUGAACCUGCUGCAGCGGCGCGCUCCUCGCCUGCUGCCGGACACGCUGCGCACCUGGGAGUUCCUGCCGGAGCCGCUGCGCAGUCUGGCGCCGUACGACCGGCUGGUGUCGGCGCUGACGGCUCGCUGUCGCUGCUGCCGUUCCGCCCAGGCCGACGACUCGGCACCAGAGAAAUCGGCCGACGCGGCGCUGCAGUUCAACCGUAAGCCGACGGGCAACGGGUUCGACAACCCGGCCCUGGAGAUGGACGUUCGGCCAGUCAGCUACAGCUCCCGCAGCGUCGACUAGCCGGGUCGGCCGCCGCCGCCGACACAGCUGCGGGGCGGCGGAGCAGCAGUGCCUGUGCCCGGGCGACGUGCGCUCAGCAGGACGGCCGCGGUGUCAGUCCAGACCGCAAGAAGUGGUGAAUGCUCAGGAACAACGGUGACGGAUGGCCCGCUCGGAGGCGCUGCGCACGGUACCGCCGGCACUAGGCUUGUAGACGCCGGCUCAUGUAGGCUUAAGGCUAGCCUGUAGCU